AUGGCGGCUCCGCAGAGGGGUCGGGACUACAGAAGAUUCAUCCUGCUCUCCAUCCUCCUGGGGACCCAGAGGGAAGCUUGGGCAGGACAUCUUCUCUACUCCGUGCCGGAGGAGACAGACAAAGGGUCUUUUGUGGGUAAUAUUGCUAAGGAUCUGGGCCUGGAGCCUGGGGAACUGGCGGAGCGUGGAGUCCGCAUCGUCUCCAGAGGUAGGACGCAGCUUUUCACUUUGAAUCCGCGAAGCGGCAGCUUGGUCACCGCAGACAGGAUAGACCGAGAGGAGCUCUGCGCUCAGAGCGCGCGGUGCCUGGUGAACUUUAACAUCCUGAUGGAUAAAAUGAACCUUUACCCUGUAGAAGUGGAAAUAAUAGAUGUUAAUGACAACGCUCCUAGAUUCUUGACGGAAGAAAUGACUGUAAAAAUAACGGAGAACACAGCUCCUGGGGUGCGGUUUCCGUUAAAUGAGGCUUGGGAUCCAGAUGUGGGCACUAACUCCCUCCAGAGCUACCAGCUCAGCCCCAAUCAGCACUUCUCCCUGGUUGUGCAGAAUGGAGAUGACGGAGCUAAAUAUCCGGAAUUAGUGCUGGAAAGGGUGCUGGAUCGGGAGGAAAAGGCGGUUCACCACCUACUCCUUACAGCCUCUGAUGGUGGCCACCCACCGAGAUCCCAAACCGCCCGCAUCCAAGUAACAGUGGUGGAUGUGAACGAUCACGCGCCAGUCUUCUCUUUGCCUCAGUACCAAGUAACUGUCCCUGAGAACGUGCCGGUGGGCGCAAGAUUGCUCACGGUACACGCUGUUGACCUGGAUGAGGGAGUCAAUGGGGAAGUGACAUAUUCUUUCCGGAAAAUAACUCAGAAGAUUCUACAGAUAUUCCGACUGAACCCUCAUACAGGAGAAUUAUCAACUUUAGAAGGCCUAGAUUAUGAAGAGUCCAGCUACUAUGAAAUGGAAGUUCAGGCUCAGGACGGUCCUGGUAGUAUGACAAGGGCUAAAGUAAUUAUCACAGUUUUAGAUGUGAAUGACAAUGCCCCAGAAGUGACUGUAACAUCUGUAAGCAACUCAAUCCCUGAAGACACUCCUCCUGGAACCGUAGUUGCUCUUUUCUACCUUCAAGAUCGAGAUUCCGGCAAGAAUGGUGAGGUGACCUGCACUAUUUCAGAAAAUCUUCCUUUUAAAUUAGAAAGAUCAAUAGACAAUUAUUAUAGGUUGAUGACAGCGAAAAACCUAGACCGGGAAAAAUGCUCUGUGUAUAACAUCACACUGAAAGCCACAGAUGGUGGAACCCCACCCUUGUCGUCAGAAACUCGUAUCUCCAUGAAUGUGGCAGAUACCAACGACAACCCGCCUGCCUUCCCCCAGUCCUCCUAUUCUGUCUACAUCCCUGAA